UACAUACAAAAUAAUUAUGGUUAAAAAAUACCGAAAAAAACUUAAUAAAAACCAAGUGAAAACUAAGGAAAUUGUAAUGAAUUAACAAAAUUUUCCGAGCACAAAAAUUGCAACCCCCCAAGUGAAGAAAACAUAAUCGUACAAACUCGUGUGCCCCACCACUCCCUUCUUGCCCUGUGUCACCUAAAACUCACUGCUGCUCGCUUCAAAACACCAACGACCAAUGACUUCCUAGAUAAAUGUGGGGGAGAAUGAAUAUUUUGCUGAGUUCAAAGUAGAAGAGAGAAGGGUUGUUUCUCGCAAAUGAAGAGACGACAAGCACAAAGCAACAACAAUAACCACGUCGGAAAUUUUGACAGACAUUUGGUAACCGUUACUCCACUAACCAACCACUAAGGCAACCAAAGAACAUCCAAAAGUGUGAAAAGUGAAAACAAAAUAACAGUAAAAGGAAAAUCAUCCAUGAAGAAAAGAAAAUUUGGCAAGAAUUUCAAAAUCAUCCAAACGUUAAGAAAUUUGCAAAAAAUUCAACGAAUUUCAUACGAAAAGGUUUAAAAGCUGGUCAUGUCGUUGGAAGACCCUUUCUUCGUGGUUAAAGACGAAGUUUUUAAAGCUUUGAAUAAGACCCGUGGUCUAUAUCUACGUUGGCGUGAAUUGGGUGAAAAUUGCAACAGUGCCGAAGCUGAAUGGACCACAAAUGAGUUAAGGAAUUCACUGCGUAGCAUUGAAUGGGAUUUAGAGGACUUGGAAGAUACAAUCAGCAUAGUUGAAAAAAAUCCUAGUAAAUUUCGCAUCGAUAAUAGAGAACUCUCCAGUCGCCGACAUUUCAUCGACAACACUCGCGAUGAGGUCAAACAGAUGAAAGAGAAGAUGAGCCUGAAUCGCUCUCGGGACAGGGAUAUUACAGCACAUCAACCUCUACUCGACGAACACAAUCAACAGCAACUGCAGCAACACCAACACCAACAGCAGCAGCACGAACAUAAUCUGGAAAACGAUCGAAAUUCAACGAAUCUGAAUCACAGCUAUCUGCAGCAUCAAGUCGAUUGCCCGUCAUCACAUUCAUUACUUAACGGAGUUGUUAGUAGUGGCGGUGGUGGUAGUGUUGCAAGCACAUUAGCCGGCACCAUGGCUGCAGUACGUCAUAGUGGAGCUAAAUACUCCAAAUUGGAGAAUACAAUAGAUAGUCCGGGUCAUUGUAAUUCAUUGGAUAGUCCCUCGCAUAGAUUUGUGGGCGAAACAGUAUCAGUGCAGCAGCGGAUGAUGCAAGGCCAGGAUGAGCAAUUGGAUAUGAUAAGUGAUUCUAUAGGAACUUUGAAGACUGUAUCGCGUCAGAUUGGCGUCGAAUUAGACGAACAGGCGGUGAUGUUGGAUGAUUUUGGCAAUGAAUUCGAAACCACAGAUUCCAAAUUGGACUCGACUAUGAAGAAAAUGGCCAAAGUUUUACAUAUGAAUAAUGAUAAACGGCAAUGGAUGGCCAUUCUAAUACUUUCUGCGCUUUUAUUACUUGUGAUACUCUUAUUUUUUAUUUUGUAAAUUUUACAUUUUUUAGAUGUACGUUUUGGUUGUUAGUAAUCAUUUUGUUUUUCUUUUUUUGUUUUUAAACAAUAUUUUGUAUUUAUUACCUACACAAAGAAUAAGUUCUAGACUUUUGUUUUUUUAAAUAGCUUAUUAGUUAAACUACUACAUUAAUCUUAACCGUUCCAAGGCAAUAGUUUCUACUAAGAAAAUUGAACCAAAAAACAAAAAAAAAAUAAAGAAUACAAACAACAAAAAGUAUGCAACAAAAAUUUAUUUUUUAAACUUUAGUUACAAAAUUAAAAACAAAAACAUUCACGCGAAGUAGUCAAAAAUUUACUUAGUUAGUUUUUGCAAAAACAAAAGACCCACUCCCCUCAUUUUCGAAUUGAAAUUGGAUUCCAUAUUUCGGUUGGUUUCUUCAGCUAAACAAAUCAACAUCAUGUACAAUGUAGUAAUGUAGUCGUAUGUAUUUAUGAAAGAUGAUCGUUUCUAUAUUCAGAUGAGAAUGCGAAACCGGAGAAAUUAUCUUACUACCUUAUAACAAAAAAAUAUAUAUCAAAAAGUUCCCCCCCAGAGGAAAUCUUCAAAACUAUACCAACAUAUUUAUUAACAAAAACAAAGAAGGACAAGUAACGAAAUUACAAAAGAGUGUUUUGUUAAAAUGAUGUUCGUCUACCAAUUAACAAAAACCAAAAAAAAAAAAUAAUAAUAAACUUAAGAAACGAAUGUAAUUAAACAAAUGACACACUUAUAUUACUAGAAUUGUGUAUAAACAUAAAAAAUGGGUUUGAAAAGAAAUAUAUACAUAAAAUAAAAAAAGAUAUAUAACACAUUA